AUGGGGGCGGAAAAAAAAAUAAAUCGUCCCACCAACUCUGGUGAGGUUGCAGAGAAUGUUGGCGCAUUUACAGAGGUGAUGGUACCGGUAUGGAGUCGACUUUGUGACAAAGUUAUCGCAGCCUACAAGGCAGGUGAAGAUAUUGUAGUAUUACAGCAUUUUGAGGAACUGCGGGCAACACCCGAGCUUGAUGUUAUUGCGCAUGAUUCGCUCAUAUCUGCUGCUCCCGACCUCACAGUUGGGGCGGUUGAGAAGAAAGAAGAUGAUAGAGCUGCUAAGAAAGAAAGGUUGGAAUAUUGUUGGGGGCGCGCACUUCUCUCUGCUAGGCACUUGGCAGGAGACGAUGAUGAACACAUUAACAGCAUCGUGGAAAGUUUUGAGCAACAGUUUGGAUGCGUCUCCGGGUACCUUCGCGCUCUAGCUAUAAACGCUGAGAGCGCACUGGAGGUGCUUCAGUUAUACCAAAUGAUGGAGGGUCCGGUAACCACGAGGGUUGCCACUGCUGCUCUGCACCGGUUUUUAACAAAUGACGCCAGUGAAGUUUCUGGACUGUUGCAGUUCCUGAAGUUGAAUAAUGUUCCACUGACACGUGAGUUUCAUGAUCAACUGGAAAAAAAUUUUGUCAUGCGUAUGAAAACGGAGGAUGCUGAGGAAGUCUUUAAGGACAUGCGUAACGCUGGCGUGGAGCCAGUUAGUACACAUCCGUAUAACUUUAUUUUCAUGAAAACACCCCCGUUUAAGUACAUGGAUCUUCUUGAUUACUACGAGGACAUGCUGGAUCGCGGUAUCGUGCCUAUGAACUCCACCUUCCGCAUUCUCAGCAGACAGACACAAAACGGGGGUUUGGUGAACCAACAUUUUAGUGCUCUUGCGAGGGGGACGACUACGGGAUCCGAUCGUCGGCAUGAAACUGAAGGGCACGGCGGGACGCAGGCUUUUUUUGCCACACGCCUUGAGGAACUCGCUCGUUUGAAAUCCAGUACAACUUUAGAUGAUGCUCUGCGCGUGCUCCGGCGUAUGGACGUUGAGGGUACGCCAUUAAUUAGUGGCUCCGUUGUACUCAACGUCUUAUUGUCCGUAUUCUGCCGUGCAGGGCACAUCGAAGACACGGAGCGUGUGCUUCAAUUAGCAAAGGAGCGCGGAUGUACUCCCAAUGGUGCAACGUUGUCUAGGGUUUUAAAGAAGAGUAAUGCAGACCGCUUUCUUCAAGCUGAGCUUAUCCUACCAGACGCACUAGAAGCAGGUGACGUACGGUUAAGCGACAUCACUGAUGUUAUGUGUCACUUCUUCAAUAAUGGCAUGCGUAGUCAAGUAGUGCGUAUACUCCGUGCAUAUGUUGUCCGUUGUUAUCGCAACCCCACCGAGUCGAUUCCCCACACCGUUGCCUUAUGGGCGUUGCGACUGGGUCCGUUUGAUUGGGCACUGGGUUUUUUAGCAAUAUUGCUUGCAUCCAAUGAUGAGCCACUUAGCGAUCGAAUUCAACGGCGCAUGCACGAAGUUGUGAAGGAGAAUCGAAGUCGUGAGAUUCUUAAGGUUCUGGAGGGACACAAAUGGGACCGCCGCAGUAUUUUGCUCGCACCGCAGCUUCAAGAGCCAACAAACAGCAGCGAUGGCGCUGGUGAAGUUAAUGGGCGCAGCAGUGAAGGAGGUAACAGCGGGGGUGGACAUCAUCGUCGCGACAUGGGCCCGUCAUGGAUGAGUGCCAUGCAUUUGGUACUAAAGGAAAUGGGUGUGGAGAAGGAAGUACUGAUGGGAUAUAAGGCGAAACUUUCGGCUCUCAUUAAUGAUGCGAAAAAGAAGCGUGAUAAUUAA